UUUUUGCCUUUCAAUUAUAGGCGUAUGAUUUAUCAAAAAUUCCAGACUUUGCGACAAGGAUCGCGCUCGGUCGACGAUUAUACCGAGGAGUUUUAUCGGCUCCUCAAACGUAUUGAUGUUCGCGAAACUGAUGAUCAACUUGUUUUGUGUUAUAUUGGAGGCCUACGAGUGUCGAUUGAAGAUACAUUUAACCUCUUUAUUCCGGACUCAGUGUCCGAUGGUCAUCAAUGUGCGGUUAUGGUGGAGCAGCAGCAGGCUCGGUGGGUGUCUUCAAAAAUUUUUCCGGCACCUUGGAGAGGAGAUGGUAUGGCGUCAACGAAUGUGGGGCUGUCUGUGUACCGUUCAGAAGGUGCUGGGACAUCCGCAGGUUUGUCAUCCGGGGUCCUUGGCGCAACUCGGACUCGAAGUUGCGGCCUAGAAAGUGCAAAAAUCGUGGCAGGUGUUCAGGCGGGUCCGCGAGCGAGCUCGGGGCUGC